CUCUGCAUUCAAGCUUUCAUGCUUAUUGGCUCCUGAUGUGGCGGCUGCAUGUGAAACGUGUCGUGUGGACGUUCAGCUGAUCCUUUAUGACGCUUAGCCGAGAACAUGGGCCUGUGUAAGCCAAAGGACGGGAAGUUAUGCUAAUAUCGUCUUCAAACCCAGGUUUCCCAAAUGGAUAGUUGUUGUUAAAUCGUCGCGAACACGUCAAAAAACUUUUAACAAUGAGUUUACCGGGGAUCUUUACAUUGGUGCUGUUUUCCGGGCUGCUUGCUAUUCAGCCAACAUUAGCAUGGGACGAGGACCUGGAGCUUUUCGACCUAGUGGAGGAGAUCCCGCAAACCUUUUACGAGUUCUUGUCUUUGAGCCAGGAUGCAUCUUCCGCUGAAAUCAGGAAGGCAUAUAGAAAGCUGUCUCUUACAUUACAUCCAGAUAAAAACAAAGAUGAAGAUGCAGAAAACCAGUUUAGGCAGUUAGUUGCCAUCUAUGAAGUUCUAAAAGAUGAGGAAAGAAGACAAAAAUAUGAUGACAUCCUUGUUAAUGGGCUGCCGGAUUGGAGACAGCCUGUCUUCUAUUAUCGACGUGUACGGAAGAUGAGUAAUGGAGAGCUGGGCUUCCUCCUCUUCCUCAUUCUGACGGUGGGACACUAUGCGGUUAUAUGGUCCAUCUACCUGGAGAAGCAAUUGGAUGAACUUCUGAGUAAAAAGAAAAGAGAGAAGAAGAAAAAACAAAGCAGUAAAAUAACAGAGGAGAUUAAGUCCUUGGCACAGGAGAAAAAUGAGAGAUCUGACCGGCCACACUGGCAUGACAUUUUGCCCCUCAAAUUAAGCAUCUGGUUGUACUAUUCUGUGAAGUCUCUCCCUCAUAUCAUACAGGAUGUAAAGCAGUAUUACAAAGAGUAUAAGGAAAUGAAAUUGAAAGAAAUGGAGGAGGCAGAGGCUCUGGCUGAGGAGGAAAUACAGCAGAAGCAGAAAGAAAAACGGCCCAAGGUGAAGAAGCCUAAAGUGGAGUUUCCAGUCUAUGAACCUUAUACAGAUCAAGCCUUUGUGCCAGCGUAUGAUCAGGGAACUUCUAUUGAAGAUAUUGAAGAUCAAAUGGAUGACUGGUUAGAAGAAAAACAGCAGCAGCAAAAGAAAGCUCAUGAGUGGACAGAGGAGGAUCUCAGCCAGCUUUCCCGCUGUAUGGCCAAGUUUCCUGGUGGAACGCCAGGACGGUGGGAGAAGAUUGCUCACGAGUUAAACAGAUCAGUGACUGAGGUCACAGCAAAAGUGAAACAAGUCAAAGACUGUGUUAGCAGUACACCAGGGCUUGUGAAGCUUUCUGAACUGAAGGGUGGCGCUGUUGUAGGCAAGAGUUCCAGAGCAGUGAUGGUACCAGACAGUCUGAUGACCCAGCGAGAAGAGCCGGAAGAUGUCGGGCAGUCUGUUGAGGGAGAGGACUCGGAAAUAAAAACAUUGAGAAAGCGGACAAAGAAGUCAGGGAGCACUGUAUCUGGAUUGACGGAAGAGAGGAUAAAAGGGCGUAGACAGAAAGACUUUGACCCCACAGCUGUGGAUGAUGACAGCGAGGAUGAGAAAAAAACACCUGCUACGAAAGACAAACCCAGUUCUGCUGAUGAUGUAUGGACACAGAACCAUCAAAAGCUCUUGGAGCUGGCCUUACAACAAUACCCACGUGGCACCAUUGAACGCUGGGAUAAGAUUGCUAAAGUGGUGCCAGGAAAAACCAAGGAGGAGUGCAUGUGCCGUUUCAAACUGUUGGCAGAGCUGAUUCAGAAAAGGAAACAGGCCAAGAGUUGACUCGUGGUCUUCAGUAUUUCACCGUACCUCUCACCUGCUUGUAAUGUGCCUUAAUUGCAACCAUGAGUCAUGUUGCCAGACUAUGUGCCAUGUUCAGCAGAGCCUGAAACGUCAGCAUUACUAUUCGGAGAGAUUCAUAUUUGAGAAUCAUCACUUGAAGCUGCACAUUUAAUGAAAUAAGGUUUUAUUUAUUUUAGAAUCUUUUCCAGGUAUUAGACUCUAUUUUAUUUGUUUCUCGAUGCAACCAGAGGAGCAGAAGAGUCACUUUUUAAUGUUUUCUUUCUUCGCUUGACAUGUUGAAACUUUGUUUUUCAGAAGCACACUGUUGUGCUGCGGUCUGUCUUAGUCAUAUGUUACAACAUAAAGUAUUGCUUGCAACCUUUCAAAGUGUCAUGGUCUUCUGUGGUCACCAUAACUUCCUUUCUAUUACUUUCAACCUACUGCUUGAUAACGUGUUUUAUUUGGUCAUUUGUGUAUUAGGAACAUUGUUUGGAGGCUUUGAUUCU